AUGUGUUUCAAACUAAAAAUGAGGAGAUUUAAUUGGAUUAGCCGAUUGGUACCAAGAAGAAACAGCCCAUAUGCGUUGUUUCUUUUGUUUGUUAUAUGCGUGCCACUCAUGUGGUGCUGGCUUAUGAUCGACACUGUCUCCAGCGUGUUACUGACUACCGUGGCCGAAGAAGACUUGUACCAUUUGCAAAGGAAUAGAAAUUUAAAGGAAUAUAUCGAUAAUAUUCCGGUGCUAAUCGAACCGUCCAAAGCCCCGUGUGGAGACAUUUUAGUUUUAGUAACGUCAUCGCCAGGUCGAUUUGAAGCGCGAGAAGCAAUUAGAAGCACAUGGGGCAAACAUUUAGUUACGCUCUUUGUGAUGGGUCUUGAUGGAUAUACCGAGGAUGAUGUAAUGGUAGACAACUAUUUAGAAGCAAAACUGCACAGUGACAUCAUAAUAUACAAUUUCAAAGACCACUACCAGAACCUCACCAUAAAAACGGGUCUCAUGCUGGAAUGGACCAUUAGUAGAUGCUCCUCAUCCAACUUCCUGUUCAAGACUGAUGAUGAUGUCCUGGUUAAUCCAUGGAAGUUAAGACGAAUAGUUGAGGAGAAUGCUGAGAAUGUGCUAAUAGGAUACCUGAAGUCAAAUACCUAUCUUCAUAGGGAUACUCAUAGUAAAUGGCACAUCCCGCGCUGGCUGCUUCAAGAUGACUUCGUGCCCCAUUAUUUAUCUGGCACGGGCUAUUUAAUAAAUGUUAAGUAUAUAAAGCUAAUGCUACACGCCGCCUACUCAGUGCCAAUGAUUAACUUAGAAGAUGUUUAUUUUACAUAUUUAGUUGCUAACAAAACACUAGGUUUUACAUUAACCCAUGAUCGUAAGUUAAGCCCCUAUAAACCCUGGUUACCGAUCGACUGUUUUUAUUGGGGGCUGGCGUCUAUACACAGUCUCAUCCCCAGUGAUAUAAUUAAAUGGGGAUCGUGUGUGAUAAAAAUGGGUGGCGAUAACCAAAACGAAUUAUGUAAAUCGUACGAGAAUUAUAGCGAAUGGUGGUUAUUCUGA